UGUUUGACAAGCGUUCUGAGAGCAGUAACAUCACCAGUCCAGGCUGGAUGCCCCGGGAGGUUUUGCAGUGUAGUGUGUUGAGAAAAAGAGCUCUGUUAAGUCCUGCUAGUUCAAAAAUAUAUCGUCCACGAAUGAAGAAACAAAAUUCUCCAAACGGAGAGGAAGCCUUCUUGCUGCCGACACGGCGACAGCGACUGUCACAAGGACUCGUCAUGUGCGAUCAGCUGAUUCGCCUGGCCGCGAGAAUCACGGCAUGCGUAAGCUCGCGCCUGAGUGCUCAUCUGAGCGAGAGUGAAUCUGACGCGAGCAGCGCUGAGAUGAACAAACCGAAACUGCGAUAUAGUGGAAUGGGAAUUGCUGCUGCUGGCGUAUCGCCGAUGGCGAGUUGUUGGUGUUCAAUGGCGGUAUUGUAGAGAGCCUACAUUUCUUGUAAAGACGUAGCCCUUACCUGAUUGUUUAUCGUACGACUUCAGCUCCAUCACAAACUUGUACUUACGAUGCAGAGGUAUUCCAGCAAAUCCCCCAGCGGGAGAUCAUGCACUCGCUAACGCAGCCACCGUCGGGAGAGGAGUUGACCCAUGCCCUGAGACAUCUGAAGAACGGCAAGGCUGGUGGCAUGUCGCAGAUCGUGCCUGAACUAUUGAAGGCUGGUGUGCCCGUCCUCCACCCACUCCUUCUGGACCUGCUUCAAUCUGUCUGGUCGGAGGGUUACGUACCGCAGGACUGGCGUGAUGCAGUGCUCAUCCCCAUACCUAAGAAGGGUGACCUUUCUCGCUGCGACAACUGGCGAGGAAUUGCGUUGCUGGAGGUUGUGGGGAAGCUAGUUGCUAGGGUCGUGCAGAAUCGGCUGCAAGUGCUCGCUGAGGAUGAGCUACCGGAGUCGCAGUGUGGGUUCCGGCGAAACCGUGGUUGUGCUGAUGCCAUCUUCUCUGUCCGCCAACUGGUAGAGAAAUCAUAUGAGCAUAGAUCGAAGCUGUUUUGCGUCUUUGUGGACCUCCGCAAAGCAUACGACUCUGUGCCUCGUGAGGCUCUGUGGCAGGCAUUGCUUCGGCUCGGUGUCCCCCCUCAGGCUGUGGCUCUCGUGAAGUCGUUCCAUACGGACAUGUCGGCGUCUGUUCGUGUUGCUGGUGGUUGUACCGAUCCGAUCUCUGUACAAAAUGGUUUACGGCAGGGGUGUGUCAUGGCUCCUGUGCUGUUCAACCUGUAUUUCGGAUUGGUGAUGGAGCGGUGGAGGUCUGUUCUCAGGGAGCGCGGCAUCGAGUCUGGUGUGGAUUUCAGCUUCUUGAUUAAUGGACAGUUGUUUCCCCGUGCAGCUGGGCGACGUCGACAGUCUCAGACUGGUCAUGCUGAUGAUUUUGAGUUUGCCGAUGACGCCGUCCUACUCGCAACAACUCGUGCUGCAGCCGACCUGUCCCUGUCCGCCUUCUGCGAUGUGGCAUCCAGCUUUGGCCUCACGGUCAGCAUGACGAAGACUAAGCUACUGGUCGCGGGCUAUGGAGUCGCUGCCGCUGAUUGUUCCGAUCUGGCAGUUGGCAAUGAAAGGGUUGAAGCUGUUACCUCCUUCCCCUAUCUUGGAUCUGUUAUAACUCCGGAUUCGCGAGCUCAUGCCGAUGUCCAGAGCCGCCUUGCGAAGGGUGCCAGGGCCUUUGGCUGUCUUCGGCGGAUUUUGCAUGAUCAGAGCCUGAACCUGCCUACUCGACGGCAUUUGUAUGUGGUAUGUGUUCUCACCACGGUUUUGUAUGGCUCGGAGUGUUGGACCCCAUUGAAGUCGGACUUGGACAAGCUGGACAGGUUCCAUCACGCCAACCUACGGUCAAUCCUUGGCAUUUCGCGCGGCCGCCAGUGGGAGCAGCACAUUACAUCGGAGCAACUACGCACACAGUGGGGUGACCCUACUCCACUGUCGUGCAUGGUACAGCGAAGACGCUUGGAGUGGCUUGGGCACCUAGCUCGGCUUGAUAACAAUCGGUUACCCAAGCAGUUGCUCUUCGCUCAUCUUCCACGAACCCGCCCGUUUUGCGGCCCCCGACAUCGCUGGAAGGACGUUGUCCAGGCUGAUCUGACUGUGGCCGGUGUGCACAAUUGGUUCCAAUCAGCCAACGAUCGCGGAGAGUGGCGUGACAUAGUGUCGGCAGCAGCGGGGGUGAAGGAGCCUGCCCCGAAGACGAUUGUGUGCCACGUUUGCGGCCGCCUGUUUCGUCGGCGCGCCGACAUGGCCCGGCACAAGUGCACAGCAGUCCGACAGCUCCCCGUAUCACAGCAGCCUGGGUCGGUGCAGUGUCCUGCCUUCAGUAGAUGGCUCCGGAGCAGGGGUGGGCUUGCAGUGCAUAAGUGCCUAGGGAGUGACAACUGUGACGACCCACCGCCUUUUGAUGCUCCUCCUGUUGCCGAGGUCCCUGUGUGUACUGCCUGCCAGCGUACUUUCAAGUCUACUGCUGGCCUCAAGCGCCAUCGCUGUGGACCCCGCCCGAAGCGCCCUACAGUGACUGAUCGCCAGCACUUUGAACAUCAUUGCCGAGUCUGUAGUCAACGCCAGUUUCGGAGGCGACAGGACCUGGAGCGCCAUUUGAAGCACUGCCUACCUCUCCCCUAACCUCUCUGACAGUACCUCCCUUUGGGGAGCGGCGUGGCCAUUACUGGCAGCUGUCAAUAGUAGUAGUAGUGUGUGUGUGUGUGUGUGUGUAUCUGUGGGUGCACAUCCAGUGCAUUUGCAGAUUUGCGUGCUUCUCUUGCGACGGGCGUUUACAUGGUACAUGGUACAUGGUGUGUGUAUGUGUGCAUAUGUGUGACUCUCUUUCCUCACUCUGGGCCUGGCUCCCUGUCACAAUGGAGUGACGUGGCCCUAUGCCAAUGGGGCAGUCAUACUAUAGUAGUGUGUGUGUGUGUGAGCAUUAAUUUUGUUCUUACUCUGGAUUGCUUCUUUGUGUGUAUGUGUGUGCGUAUAUGCAAUUGCGUUUUGCGUGCACGUCUUGUUUUGCAU